AUAAGCAACUACAAACAUGACAGAGGUUUCGGGGCACGAAAAUUGUUUCUGUAUUUUAUUGUAAAUAUUCCUGUCUUCUUAUACCAAAACUACAAAUUUAUUACAAAAGGAGCUACAAAGGAGCACAAUGACAGGUUGUUGUGGCUGCUGCACAGCACUGAAACCAAGAUACAAGAGACUGGUAGACAGUAUAUUCCCUGACAACCCAGAGGAUGGCUUGGUCAAAGAUAACAUGCAAAAAUUAGUGUACUAUGGGACAUCAAAGCCAGAGAAGUUAGACCGCAUAGGACAGUAUCUGGAGCAAAGACUUAGCAGAGAUGUGACAAGAAGUAGGACAGGCUAUGUCAGUAUUAGCAUGGAGGCACUAGACCAGCUCUUAUUAGCUUGCCAUGCUCAUAGUAACUUGUUUGUGGAGAGCUUCCUGAAGAUGGUACACAAGACAUUGGAAAGCCCUGAGCCUCAGCUACAAAUUUUGGCCUCACAGUCUUUUGUAAAAUUUGCCAAUAUAGAAGAAGACACUCCAUCAUAUCACCGCUCCUAUGACUUCUUUGUGUCUAAGUUUAGCUCAAUGUGCCACAGCAGUGCUGAACCUGAGACAACAAGAAUCAGAAUCCGUGUUGCUGGUCUACAUGGUCUUCAGGGCAUUGUGAAGAAAACCGUCAGUGAUGACUUACAAGUGAACAUCUGGGAUCCAGUCCACAUGAAUAAAAUUAUCCCUUCACUGUUGUACAGCUUGCAGGGUUGCAAUAUGGACAAUGAUCCAGAGAGUCCAAAGGAGGAUGAAAGUCCAGGAGUUGUGGCUGAAAUGGUCCUACGAGAUUUAGUGUGUAGGGCUACAUUUGGGAAUAUCACAUCAGUUUUGAAACCAGUGUUACAGCAUUUGGACUAUCACAAGCUAUGGGUUCCAAAUAAGUUUGCUGUGAAGAUUUUCAGGAUCCUCAUGUAUUCAGUGCAGGACCAAUAUGGCCACAUGGUAGUGCAUCAUCUAAUGAGCCAUCUAGACGCACAUAACAAAGAUGAGCCUAGAGUUAAAGCUGGCAUUGUUGAUGUUGUUUCUGAAACAGUGGUGAUUGCUGCCGGGGGUUCUGUAGGACCAUCUGUUCUUGAGGUGUUUAACACAUUGUUACGUCAUCUUAAGAGUUCCGUGUCAGUACAAACCUCUGACAGGCAAAGGGUUCUAGAUGAGAAAAACUUUCAGGAAGCAGUUAUUAAUACUAUAGGUGAAUUUGCCAAUAAUCUCCCAGACUAUCAGAAGAUUGAAAUCAUGAUGUUUGUAAUGGGGAAAGUACCGCUUCUAGAUUUGGAGGAGGAUGUUUCUUCAGGGGAUAGAAAGGACACUUUAUUACAGACAAUGUUAUUGAAAACUAUGCUAAAGGUGGCUACCAAGUAUCGCACAGUGCUAAUGAUCAAUGCCUUCCCUCCUGCCUUCCUGGAUCCAUUACUGAGAAUGUCUCUUGCCUAUGAUGCUGGCAUCAGAUUGAUUGUGCAGGAGAUUCUACACACACUUUUAGACAGACAUGACAACUCUGGUAAACUCAAGUUUGUCAGUGAGAACAGUGAUACUAUAACAUGGAUUCCCAAGGAUAUUCAAGCUCUCAAUCUUACAGUGGAAAAAGCAUCACAACAAGACAUAUUUUUCAUCAAGAAGAAUGGUCCCCAGUUUUACAGCUGUAUAUAUGAGAACAUGCUUCAGGAGAACAAUAAAGUAGACAACUUUGAGGCCCUGUACUGCACUCUGGCACUUCUGUCCAUAGAGUUAGGAGGGGAGGACAUCUUAGUGGACCUGGUCAGGCUAGCCAUGGGGAUACAGAAUAUAUCCGUGUCUUCAGAUUUGCCUGUUACUCAUACUUGUGCUAUCCAUGCUAUUGUAGCAGCUUAUCUCAACCUUAUAGGACAGCUCUCAGCAAUUCCAAACAUGUGCACACAUGUUUCAGAGAUAAUAGAUGCAAGGAAAAAUAAAGCUCCUCACCUUUUACCAGAUUUUGCCUUCAACAGAAGUAAUACAGAGCAGAGCUACCCUACAUCCACCAAUGUAAAAGAUGAACUCCUAUUUGACCAGGCUGUGAUUAAUGAGGCAUUGACCAGUAGAGGCUAUGACACCUCAACUUUGGGGACACCUUUCACUAUCUCUAGGCUCUCUCAGAGUAGACUGGGUCGCAUGGACAGUUGGUUUGCAGAAACCAGUAGCGGAUCUUGGCUACAAGAUGAGGUAGAUAUGGCUCACAGUACCAGUGACAUUCACUCCAUCACCCUGUCUAUAGACUCCUCCUCAUCUUCUCAGACACCACUCAUGGGACAGAGAGGUCAGGCACCAGAGGAUAUCACAUUUGAAUCUCUCAAGAAGAUAAUCACUGAGGAUGAUGUAGAGAGGAAGAGGUCCCAGGAGAUGAAACAGAAGGCAAUCCUAGAGAAAUUUCAAACAGCUCCAUUUGAGCAAAUUGUGGCCAAGAUUGAUGCAGAAUCCAUGGUGUUCCAGAACAAGCUGAGUGAGAUCCUUACAACAAUAUCAGAUGAAAAUAAAGACAAUGCUCCUCAACACCAGACAACGGCAGUAUUUGAUAUGCAGUUCCCAGACUUGUAUGUGUACUGAGCAACACUUUUAUCAACUUACAAAUGAAGGAAGUUGCAUGUAAACUAAGGAGCGUGUAGGAACAAUGUUAAUGAUUGAAUUUAUUUAUCAAAAGGAAAUGUAUGCCAGCUUGUGUGGGGGGAUGUAAAAAGACAGAAAAUGUGCGGUUCUUAUAAUGAAAGGUUUGUAGAAUACCAGAAUGAUACUGUGUGUAGUAAAGACUGAACA